AUGGCUUCCCAGCGCCUCGCGACGUCGCUCAAGACGGUCAUCUUCAACCAGACGAUGCUGCGCGUGAAGGACCCGAAGAAGAGCGUGGCCUUCUACGAGAAGCAUUUCAACAUGACGCUGGCGCACGCGGCGCACUUUUCCGACUUUAGCCUCUACUUCCUCGUCUCGCUCCCGACGACGACGCUGCCCGAAUCCAAGAAGACCAUCGACUACGUUUGGUCGGGCGAGUACGGAUGCACGCUCGAGCUCACGCACAACCACGGCACCGAAGCCGACCCGGCCUUUGCCUACCACGCCGGCAACACGGCGCCGCUCAGCUGCUUUGGCUACGUCGGCUUCAAGGUGCCGUCGGGCCGUCUCGGCGCGGCGCGCGCGGCGCUCAAGGCCGAUGGCUUCACCGCCAAGGACGACAAGGCGGCGCUCGUGACAGCCGACCCGGAUGGGUACUCGGUCCGCGUUGAGGAGCGCAGCGCGGCCGCGACCAACCCGAACCCGUCCUGGCACCGCAGCAUGAUCCGCGUCCGCGACGGCAAGGCGAGCGCUGAGUUUUACCAGCGCAUUUGCGGCCUCUCGCUGUACGGCACGCAGCGCAACGAGGACGACCAGUCGACCUCGUACUUUCUCGGGUCGGUGGCCGCGGACGCGUCGUCGCCGACAUGGCUUGCGGACCAAUUGGGCACGGUGCUGGAGCUGCGCCAGUUUGAUAACGCGCCGACUGAGUACCUCAACGGCAACACGGAGCCGUACCGUGGGUUUGGCCACCUCGCGCUCAUCGUCGACGACGUGUACGAGACGUGCGCGGCCAUGGAAGAGCUCGGCGUGCAGUUCCAGAAGAAGCCCGACGACGGCCGCAUGAAGGGCCUCGCGUUUAUCAAGGACAUUGACGGCUACUGGAUCGAGAUCAUCCGCCGCCAGCCGCUUGCCGCGUAA